AUGACUGACCAGAAGACACAGAGGGUCCGGGAUCUGAUAGAUAAGCGACAUGACAAGAAGUUGCUUAGCUAUGGGAUAAGAAGACAACGCAAGAUCAAGCCAACCCGGGCAACUUGUGAUGGUUCUAUAUUGAAGGCAUCAACUGGAAUAGAUGACGAUAGGACUAAGCUACUUCCCUGCUUGCAUGCCAUCUGUUUCAAUUGCCAAGUCCCCGACCAGUGCAAAAAAUGCCGAGAUCAUGCAAAUAUUCUCUUUAAGGAAUUCUUGGGGCAAAAUGAUGCCUUUGGACUUUCAUCUGUGAUGACUGAGUCAAAAGAACUUGCGCAGCAAGUAACUGUUUCGGGAAAACAAAAUGAAUUGGGCGAUGAAAUUCAUGCUGACUCGCAAUGUGAAAACUUACCUGAAGAGACCUCUGAAUGUCCAUCUCAGUAUGGGCCGCUAGAAGAAAAUGAGGCCUUGUUGAACAAUGCCACCUUUAAUGGUCCCAAGGCCCUAGUAGAUGAUGAGGCAUCCGAAUUCUCAUUUAAGGAUCUGCAUGUAAAGGAUUUGCAGCAAAAUCCUUUCAUUUAUGGCUUACGAAGACUGGCAGAAUCUGUCUCAGAUAGUAUCGAACAGGUUUGCGACUAUUGCUGUUAUGACAACAGAGAAACCGAGGCUGCUUUUCGGUAA